AUGGAAAAGGGGCGCCGGUGCCACACCCGCCGAGGGAAAGUGCUCGGCCUGGUGCUCCUCGGCGCUGCUCUUCGCGGCGCCGCUCUUCGUGGCAGCUGCUUGUCGCUGCCCGCGGAGGCCUACAGCGCGGGGCCCCCGCAAGUCUUGGCAGGGGCCCACUACUUCGCCACCGCCUACGACGUGGACCGCAAGGACGCCCUGAAGUUCCUGCAGGGCCUGUGGCGGAACUUUGGGGCCUCAGAUGCCGCGAGGUCCAUGGGCUUCUCAGAGCUGUUGCUCCAGCAGGUGGCCGAUGAGCUGAACCAGAAGUUCCGGGAGGACCGGCAGAUGUUCCUGCAGGGCUUAGGGCCCUUCGCCUUUGUGGGGCGGAUGAUCUGCUGGGACUACGUCAUCGAUACCGAAGUCUUGCGGCACGGGCUCUAUGACCUGUGCCCACCGGAGGAGCAGUGGGUCCGCGUGCUGGGCUUGGACCUUGGCUGGGCCUUGGGCAAGUUGUCCAACAUGGGCGCCGGGGGCAUCUGUCGUGCCCGCAUGCAGCUGGCUGCGCUCCGGAAUUUGGUCUACGGCACCGCGGAUCUGGAGGAGCAACAGAAAGUGCCGUGGUGGUGGCACAAAGUGCCAUGGGUGUGGCACAUCAUGAAGUCCACUCAGGUCUUCUUGAUCCUCCUCUGCAUCCUCUCGGUGGUUCUUCCUGUGCCGCUACUGCUUGUGUACAUGAUCAUGGUGGGCCCCUCGCUUAGCGCCCUGAAGUGGCUACCAAGGUACAGGCUGCCCUUGACCACCUUGGGCGCUUUGUUGGCGUGCGGCACCCACGCGAUCUCUGGGCACAUCCCACACGUCUACGACCACUUCAAGAGGAGCCUGAGCCUCUACCUAACCCUGGCCGCCUCCAUCGUGUAUCCUGCCCUGGCGCGGCUGGUGAACUUGUCGGGCUUUAUGUCGCAGGUGUGGCAGCUCGGAGGCCUCCUGCUGAAGGGCAACACCGGGGUGCUGAAGCGGUUGGUGCAGAUCUUGCUACAGCUGGGCUGCGGAGCCGUGGUCGUCAGCAAGUUGGAUGCCUGGGCGCGCACCAUGAACGCCCGCGUGCCCUUCCUGGAGGCCCAGCUGCACUUGAAGCUCUGCCAAGUGCAGCUGCUCCCAUCCCCGGACUAG